UGAGAGAGUAUUAACAGACAGACCGAAUACCACUUCUCCACUCUCAACUGAAACUUCUGGGACUACAGCUAAGAUUUCAACAACUACAAAUUUUAGAUCAAAUUAAAAAAAAAAAAAAAUUGAGUGAGAUUCUGAAGAUGUCUGACAAUGGCACUGCCAGCGAGCCUGCGAACAAUAGCGCCCUGCAUGGUCUGCACGUGCUCUCCACGGUCCUGUACUCCCUCACCUUUCUCCUGGGCACCACGGGCAACGGCCUGGUCGUCUGGAUCACCGGCUUCAAGAUGAAGAAGACGGUCAACACCGUGUGGUUCCUCAACCUGGCCGUCGCCGACUUCGUCUUCACCGCUUUCCUGCCCCUCACCAUCACCACCAACGCACUGGGAUUCAGGUGGGUCUUUGGGGGCUUCGUGUGCAAGCUGAACUCGUGGGUCCUGGUCACGACGAUGUACAGCAGUGUGUUCCUCCUCGCCGCCAUCAGCCUGGACCGCUGCAUCUCCGUGGUGGCAGCGGUUUGGGCACACAACUUCCGCACAGUCCAGAAGGCCUACCUCGCCUGCUUCCUUCUCUGGGCGGCCGCCGUCCUCAUGAGCUCCCCCUAUUUGGCUUUCCGUGACGUGGUCGAGAAUCACAACGUGACGUACUGCGUCCUCCGGCGCCACAACUAUUCAUCCGAAGCCCUGUUGAGGGUGCACAAGACCCUGACCCUGGUGCGGUCCUUGUUUGCCUUUCUCUUCCCUUUCCUGGUCAUCAUCUCCUGCUACAUCCUCAUCGCGCAACGAUACCGCGCCAUGCAGCGGCAGCGCUCUUACAAACCGCUCCGAAUCGUGGUUGCCGUCAUUGUGACCUUUUUCGUUUGCUGGCUUCCAUUUCACGUCCUCCAGCUCGUGGAACUGAGAGCCCAUGAAACAAAAGACUAUUUUCUGUGGAUGCUGGUGGAUUUCGGGAUGCCCAUCGCCACUGGCAUGGCAUUCUUCAACAGCUGCAUGAACCCGAUUCUCUACGUGUGCAUGUGUCAGGACUUCCGGGAGAAGUUCAAGAAGUCCUUCCUGCUGGUGAUUGAAAGCGCCUUCGUGGAGGAGGGGACUGUGUACUCCCUGAGCGCAUCCCGGCGCUCCACAGUCCAGAUGGAGUCCUUAGUUAACGGGAACAAACAGGACAGCACUGCAGGGUGAUCCCGAAGCUGGAGAUUGUGAACCACACCGAACACUGGACCAUACCGAAUAGAUACAGAUUUGCAGAUCCCCUUUCAGUCACUGCUUUAUGAUUGUACCAUGUUAUGUUUCCAAUCUGUAUCUAUUUUACAAUGUGUGUAUUUUUUUUUUUUUUUUUUCAGUUUUCACACAAACUGUUUUAAAAUGUCUAAAAUUCUACUAAAAAUUUGUGACCAAAGGGGAUAUAUUUGGAAACAUUGCAGGAGUCCGUAGGUGAGCUUGGUUCAGAGCAAACAGGGUUUAUUUUAAGUUACAACCUUAUUACACCACUCUGCAUCAGACCUGGAACUCAGGAACUACCAUUAAUUUUUUUUUUUUUUUAAAUUGGUUGGUUUCUCGAACAUGACUCAUAAGAUGUUAAUAUGACUGAUUCCCCUCCAGAAAUUUGCUGUCCUUAAUAAGAUAUGUAAAAUUGCAGCAGCGCCAAAAAUAUGCACAUCCUGUGUAUGAAACCCACAGUAACCAUGGUGACAGAAUGGGUUCCAAUGCUUUUCAUGCAGCUUGUUCGCACACUUUUCUUGUACUUCUUUUUGCACUGGUGCACAGCCAGGCCCUUUCUUAUUCUAUGCCUCGAUUACUUUUUUUUUAAUAUUCUCUUGCAGAGGAGCUGAUAAUAAAGCAGUCUUUGUGAAUUGA